AUGGUGGGUUGGGGAGGAUGUCAAGCAUGGACAUCGCCAUCAAUUCCUUAUUUGACUGGCAAUAAUUCACCAUAUCCAGUUACUGAGGAACAAGGCGCUUGGAUAGUAUCGAUAUUUUACAUUGGUGAUCUUUUUGGAGCAUUUCUUAAUCCUUUCUUCAUUGAUCGUAUAGGACGAAAAAAUACAUUAAUACUUUUUGCCUUUCCCGGAUUAAUUGGUUGGGGAAUGAUUAUUUUUGCCAAAAAUUAUAUCUAUCUCUAUGCAGCAAGAAUAAUUAUGGGCAUUGGACAAGGUAGUACAUAUAAUUCCCUUGUGAUAUAUUUGGCAGAAAUAUCCGAAAAGAAAGUGAGAGGAAUCUUAAUAAACAUGAUUCCAGCGUCAAAUUUUAUAGGUCUCUUUGUUUGUACAUCAGUUGCAGCAUUUAAAUCAUAUGAAUUUUUAAAUUAUUUCACAGCAUCACUGCUGAUUUUUUUUAUAAUGACUUAUCCACUAUUAAUAGAAACACCAUAUUAUCAUUUACUUUGUGGUCGGCAUGAUGAUGCCAUGAAAAGUCUAAUGAAAUUAAGGGGAAUCGAUGAUCCAAAAUUAUUGGAUUUAGAAAUUAGAGAAAUGACUUUGACAAUAAAUGAUCGUAAAUUAAAAUCCUCGUGGCGUGAAUUAUUCAUCAAGAAACAUAAUCAAAGAGGAUUGAUAAUUAUGUUUUGGAUAAAAAUAACACAAAUGAUGACUGGAAUUGGACCAAUUUCAGCUAAUGCACAGGAAAUUUUUAGCUAUUCUGAUUUAUCGAAUAUCAAUGCUGGUGUACAAGUAAUGAUUUUCAAUGGAAUUUCAUUGUUUGCUUCGCUAACGACUAAUGCAGUGAUAGAGCGAUUUAAGAGAAGGACACUUUUUUUAACGACAGCUUUGAUAAGUUCAUUUUGUUUAGGAACUGUUGGUACAGUAUUCUUUAUGAUUCUCUAUCAAAAGACUAAUGAUAUUUCAAUAAUAAAGUGGUUUCCAUUGAUAUCUUUAGUUAUUUUUCAAGUUGCCCAUGUUGUUGGAAUUGGUACUGUUCCAUAUAUUAUUCAAGGGGAAAUUUUUCCAGUUAAUGUAAAAGGUGCUGCCGUUUCCUGUGGAAUGACUAUGGGAUCAAUUUUAAUUUUUAUUACUUCAGCUGGCUAUAAAUUUUUAAGUAUUGCUGCUGGUGUUUAUACGACUUUUUGGAUUUUUGCCAUAUCAUGCUUUUUCUUAUCUAUUUUCACAUUUUCAAUUAUGCCAGAAACUAAAGGCAUGACACUUGAAGAUAUUUUGGCACUAAGGGAUCCGGAAAUGAAAAUAAAAUUAGACAACGAACGCAACAAGUUUCAAAAUGGUUGUGAAAAUUAG